AUGGUAUGGAGUCAACUAGAAGUUACCAGACCUCAUAUAGCGUAUGCUUGUGUUGGUAUAUUUAGUACCUUAUUCUCACUAGUAUCAUUGUUUGUCAAGGAACGUUUGUACAUUGGUGAAGCAACUGUUGCCACUAUUGCUGGUCUUAUAUUGGGCCCACAUUGUCUAAAUUGGUUUGCACCAACUACUUGGGGAAACUCAGAUUUGAUUACUUUGGAAAUAUGUCGAAUAGUCUUGUGUAUCCAAAUUGUUGCUGUUUCUGUUGAAUUGCCGAGGAAAUACAUGAAGAAACAUUGGUUGUCAGUUGCCAUUCUCCUACUACCAGUUAUGACUAUUGGUUGGUUAGUUGUUGGUCUUUUCAUAUGGGCAUUGAUUCCUCAUUUCACUUUUAAUGAUGGAUUAUUGGUUAGUGCGUGUGUCACUGCAACCGAUCCAGUGUUGGCUGCUGCCGUUGUUGGUAAAGGUAAGUUUGCUGAAAGAGUACCGGGCCAUUUGCGUAACUUGUUAUCAGCAGAAUCUGGUUGUAAUGAUGGAAUGGCUUUCCCGUUUAUUUAUCUUUCAUUAAACUUGAUUAUACAUUCAGGUAAAGGUGGAGAAAUUGUCAAAGAUUGGAUCCUAUUGACCAUAUUGUGGGAAUGUAUAUUUGGAUGUGUUUUGGGAAUUGUUAUUGGCUAUGUUUUAAGAAAACUUGUUGAAUUUGCUGAAACUAAAAACUUGAUUGAUCGUGAAUCAUUUUUAGCAAUUUUUGUAUUUAUUGCUUUCAAUUCAGCAGGUAUUGGAUCCAUGUUGGGUGUCGAUGAUUUAUUGGUUUCCUUUGCUGCUGGUACAACUUUUGGUUGGAAUGGGGCAUUUGCUAAAAAGACUGAAGAAUCACAUGUUUCCACUGUAAUUGAUUUACUUUUAAACUUGUCAUUUUUUGUUUAUUUUGGUGCUAUUAUCCCAUGGCCCAUGUUUAAUGAUGGAUCUAUUGGAUUGGAUGUUUGGAGAUUGAUUGUUUUGGCAUUUGUGAUUAUUUUCUUGAGAAGAUUGCCAGCAGUUGUGUGUUUGAAACCAUUUACACCUGAUAUCAAGACGUGGAGAGAAGCAUUCUUUUGUGGCCAUUUUGGUCCUAUUGGUGUCGGUGCCAUUUUUGCCAGUAUAUUGGCUAGAUCUGAUCUCGAAGGACAUUUUACUGAAGAAGAAACACCCUUGCAUGAAGUGCCAGGUAAAGGAUUUCCUCACGAUCAGUUGCUUGUAGCAAUUUGGCCCUUGGUUUGUUUUAUUGUCAUCACAUCCAUCAUUGUUCAUGGAUCUUCGGUGGCGGUUUUGACAUUGGGUAAAAGAUUGAAUAGAAUGGCAAUCACCAUGUCGUUUACCGCAACCAAUGGUGAAACCAGUACUGGUGGUGGUGGUGGAUCAAACUGGAUGCAAAGAUUACAAAAGCUCGACAGAGCAAACACUUCGUUUUCAUUGCAUAGGGUUGAUACAAUGGCACCAGAUGAAAAGGAAGAACAACCAGAUGAACAAGAACAAACUCAAUUGCCAGAAACCAGUGGUGUCAAGGUACGUCCAGCAGGUGGCGCUAAAAGGAGGAAAAAGAAGAGAAGAAGUCAAAAGCCAGGUCUUAUACAGAAAACCUUGUCAAGGGUUACUAGUGGUGAUGAUGAGAAAACACACCAACCAAGACACAGACCACACCAAGAGGUUCUACAAUUGGGUGGUGGUUCACAACAACAGCAACAGCAGCAAAAUUCUCCAACAAAGAGCACUAUAUCUACUUCGUCAGAACCUGAAGUAACUGCAGAAGUUAAAAAUUCAUCAUCAUCAACCGAAGGCGAACACUUGCUAGAUCCUAAUGAAAAGACGUCGGGUAAACUGCAAUAUGGUCAACGUAGUAGACCAGAAGUACCGGUGCCAACAUCAGCAUAUCAAGAAGGUGAUAACAUCAUCAUUGAAGAUCAAUUUGGCGAGAUUAUGGAUAAUCUUACAUUGGGAAAACGAGGAGAAGCAGUUGAAAAGAGGAGGAAAUCGCAAAGCAGUAAUGCACCAGUUUCGUCCCCUGGUGUUGCUUCUGUAGCAGCAGCAGCAGCAGCUGACGAUGCUCAACAUGAAGGAGAUGACGAAGGAGCAGAAGGAGAUGACGAAAGUAUACACUCAAUGGGAUCUCUCGAAAGACAGCUUUCCCAAUACUCAAAUGGAUCCACCAUCAAGAGUGGACCAUCAGAUUCAGAUACCACACAGGACACCACUGGAGGUAAAAAAUCGCCAUUGCAUAAACGGAUAUCACGUUCAGCUUCUCGUCGUUCGUACUAUAGAAAAGAUGAUCCCCAUAGGAGGAAGGUGUAUGCACAUCGUAUUGAUAAUAUUAUAACCAUUGAAAAUGAGGAUGGUGAUAUCAUAAGAAGGUACAAGGUUAACCGUCAUGUUUCAAAUCCACCAAACCCAACACCAAAUAGAUCUAGAUCAUCGACAUUGGUUGGUAAGAUGAAGUCACUUGUGGGAAUGAAACCAAACACCACUGCCACUGCCACCGCCACCACCACAACCAAUACAUCUCACACAGGUGCUUCAACAAACCAAACUCCAACCAAUCCCGAUGAAGUAUCACAAGUACACGUCACUGAUUUAGAAAAGGGUACUCAUCACAAUAUUCUCAUACCAGAAGCUGUACGUGAUCCUCAUCCUGAUAGUGCCAAAUUGGACAAGAUUGAAGAUAAAAUUGCCACCAUUUUGGAAACUAAGCAUCAAACUGGCCAUCAUUCAGCCAUUAGAAAAGCAUCCCCACCACCACCACCACCUAAUCGUUUGGGUGACGAUGCUGUUGAUGAAUACGAUGAUGAAGAUAGCACCGCUGAUGAAGAAGAAGAAGAAGAUGAGGAUGAGUCCGAUGAUGAGGAAACAGAGGUUGAAAAACAAAGAAGGCUACAGGCUUUGGGCAAGUUGCCAAAUAGGAACCGUGAUCAAAAUGACGAGGAAUAG